GAGAACCGUCGCAUGCUGUUUUACGAAAACUAUUCUUCGUACUGUCAUUCCCCACCAGACUCGGCAAAAUAGAACAGGAUCUAACUUGCGCCAUGGGGCAGUCGAAGCGUCUGCCGCUGCUAGCGUUCCUGGCAACCAUGCCCCUGGUUCUUGGGCUGCCGAGCAUGCGCGACAGCUUCACGCACCCAGUGCACGUGUACGAGGGCGACGACGCGCUCAUCACGUGCGUGGUGCGCGACGUGGGCGACAACACGGUCAUGUGGAAGAAGGAGGACCGCGAGCGCCACAGCCGGCGAGUGCUCACCGCGGGCGACGCGCGCGUCACGGGGGACCGCCGCUUCGACGUCCUGCACGACGGAGUGGCGCCAGAGGAGCUCUCCAUAUCAGGUGGCGACGUUUGGGUACUGGUGAUCCGGAACGCUAUGCCUUCGGACUCCGGCAUCUACGUGUGUGAAGUCAACAGCAACCCCAUCGUUCGCUCCUUCCACAAGCUUAGCGUGCUGACACGGUCGCAGUCUGCGCUGGAGGGCAACGCUACGGCAACAGGUGUCCACGGGGGAUCGUCGACGGGACUGGGCGCGCCUCUGGAGCCAUCUGGCGACGGCACGCGCAACCACAACUACACCGACUGCUGCGCCGCCAGCAACGUGUCAGCGGCGUGUUUCGGGUUCUGCAACAUCCAGAGCAUUCUCGACGGCAACACCGGCCAAGACCCCGAGCACUGCGAGGCAGACUUCCCUGCUAUCGUGCGUUGCAUGGCUGAUGGACGCAACCACGUGCCCUGCUGCAUCCGACAAGGAGUGCCCGACAUUUGCCAAGACGUGUGCCGAGGGGAGUACACCGUUAUCACGGACAACAUCAAGACGCACUUCUCCUGUUCCGCCUACACCGAGGAGACGCUGGCAUGCAUCGUCGAUGGUGUCGAGCUGCUGCCGAGCCCUCCGGAAGACGUGGAAGUGGAGGCCCUCACGGAGAACACCAUCCGCGUGUCGUGGACGGCGCCCUCGGAGAACGCCGACACCGUCACCACAUACGUCAUCAACGUGACGUCACUGCGACAGUUUGACCAGGACCCGCAGCCGCCGUCUGAGGACUACGACCUGCCGCCUGCCGCCGUCACCUUCAGCGCCACCGCCUCCACCGCAGACUCAUCAACUAGGGACAGCUACGCUGACGCUGCUGAUAGCUAUGCGCGCGCUGCAGCUGCGGAGAUACCGUUCGCUGGUGAGGAGAUGACGGCACCUCCGUCACCCCACGAGGUCUCCCCAGUGCAGGCAACCUACUCCUACAACGUCUCGGUGCCAGGGACUUACAACAGCACCAUCAUCACUGGGUUGACACCAUUUACGAUGUACGAAAUUAAUGUGAUUGCACGUAACAUCCAUGGACAGAGCUUACCAUCAUACACAAUUAGAACUUUGACACUAACAUCUGGCAAGCUUAAGCAGACCACUGUUGCAGAAUCACCUCAGUUGCCUGACAUCAAAAGCUGCUGUAUCAAGAAGGGUGUUUCACAUGCAACGUGUGUUAAUAAACUGUGUGACCCUACUUUGUCAGAAAUUGCUGAGGUCACAGAUUUAAUGAUAUGUGCUCCAUGGGCAACAGACACAUUUCGAUGUUUGACAAACGGGAUUGACCAUACAGCAUGUUGUCGGGCCAGAGGCCUUCCUGUUCACUGUCAAGAACUUUGUUCAGGCAACAUCACUCAACUGGACUUCAGCUACUUCAAGUGCCUGAAAUACAUGGGAGACUACACAAACUGCCUUCUUCAAGGGUAUGGUGUACUUCCAAGUGCCCCACAGAGAGUAUAUAUCUCCAACAUUGCAACAGAGUAUGCUAUUAUUCACUGGGAUCCACCUAAGAUUUUGGGCGAAACGGUUCUCUUUUACAAUGUUAAGUACAGGAGGAUGGCAGUAUAUGACAAUGAAUACCACACAGUGUCCAAUGUGCAUCCACCUUUCAUUCUUGAAAAUCUGCAUAGUGAUUCAGAUUAUGAAGUAUUUGUUGAAGCAGCUAACGCACAUGGUGUUGGGCAACCUUCCGCAAGAAUUGUCUUUAGAACAGACAGUCAGGUGAUUGAAGAUAAAAUUGAGGCAUCUACUUUCUACAAUGUGACAGCCUGUUGCGUAGCAGCUAACUUGAGUGAGAGCUGUUUGCCACUCUGCUCAUACGAUGCCAGUAUGUCAGAUGUCAGAGCACUGGCAGGAGUGUGUGGAUCAGAACUCCACAAACUGUUGCGUUGUGGUGCUGGUGGCCGCAAUCAUGGUACCUGCUGUAUGCGUCGUGGCGUACCACCUGUUUGCCUUCCACUGUGUGCUGGAGUUGUUGCAGAUUCUCUUAUAAUUACUGCCACUUCCUGUAUACCAUACAUUGGGAACAUUGUUCAGUGUUUUGAGGAAGGAACUGGACUGCUACCUGGCCCUAUUAAUGAACUACAUGCAACUGUUGUCACUGAUAACAGCAUAAAAUUGGAGUGGGAGCCUCCAAGUAACAGCACAGUUACAGGAUAUAUUGUUCACUACCAGAAAGUGGACAACACCUCGAUGCACGAAACAGUGCUAAAGCUUGACAAUCAAAUGAAUGUAACAUCAACAAGUGCCAAAGUAACUGGUCUUGAAAGUGGAAGCAUUUACAACUUUUUUGUUGUUUCCGUGAAUGAGCACGGAACCUCAUUGCCAUCCUCAGUUCUCAUGAUCAAUAUUACUAACACAGAUGUUGGCAAGGAGGGUAUUCCAGGUGUGACAUCUCCACCACAUUCUCUCGCAGUUUCUGGACACAGUGCUACAUGGGUCACAAUUACAUGGCAACCACCAGAAUUUAGUCACCCAACAGAACACAUUGUGUACAGGCUCUACCACAAGACACCAGCAGAUGAUGUAUUUCAGAUGGCAGAGACAACUGUGACUUCUCACACUUUACAAAACCUUAAUCCCAAUACACAGUACAUUGUGUAUGUCAUUGCUGUAUCAAAGAAUGGUCAGAGCCUACCAUCAGAAACACUAAUAGCAUGGACUGACCCUGCAUAUCCUGCAUUUGUUGAGCCACCAACUGUGCAUCCCAUCAAUCUGGUUAUUGAAGGCAGCAGCAUGACUAUUUUAUGCAUUGCAAUGGGAACACCAAUGCCAACAAUAUCACUUUAUAUUUCUGGUCGACUUGUGCGACAAGAAGUAACACGGCACAUGGUCACUGUAGUGAAUAAUGUAACAAGAGACAUGGACCAAAUUUCUUGUUAUGCUGAUAAUGGAUAUGGAACGCCAAUGCAAGCCUCUAGGAAGAUAACAAUUAGCCAUCCCCCACAAAUAACAGCAUCAGGAAUAACUAUGGCGGGUCUUGGAGAUUCUGUUGUUCUUGAAUGUACAAUAGAUGCUCAUCCAGAGCCAAAAACAAUGUUCUGGCGUGAUCACUCGGGACGUGUACCUGUCAUACAAGGUGGAAAGUAUAACAUUAAUGUUCAACCAGUGAAGGAUGAGGAAGAUAAAUAUAUAAUGCAACUUACUAUUCACAAAAUCGGCAGUGAAGAUGAAGGGGAUUACUUCUGCCAUGCAGAGAAUGCCUUUGGAAGCAAAACACGCCCUGUUUCUGUUAGAAUACGAAAUGUGGCUGCCAGCAACAAUGUGACACAAUGCUGCAUUGAACAAAAUGUGACAUCAAGCUGUAUGGUAGCAUGCUCAUUCUACUUAGACAUUGAUGCUGUAAUUGAUAAACCAGAGUGCAUAAAUGAUUUUGACAAGUUGAUGAAGUGUGCAGCUGAUGGUUCUGAUCACAGAAGUUGCUGUGCACAGUGGGGAGUGCCGAGGCGAUGCCUCGAUUGGUGUCGAGGGGAACCACUUUUCAACAACAAGUUUUGUGUUUUGUCUUAUACAAAGCAAAUUAUGGCAUGUUUCCAUGAGGACAGAGGACGCCUUCCUGGCCCUCCACAGAACAUUCAAAUUGAAUUGGUUGAUGCACAUUCUGUUCUUGUGAAGUGGGAUCCUCCAGUCAAGAACCCAAAUACUGUAGAAAUGUACAGGGUUUUCUGGAAGCAAGUUGGUUCUCGGACUAUAAUGAAGAGUGAUACCAAGUCUACCAGCCUCUUGAUUACAGGACUGAAAUAUGGAGAGCCAUAUGAGUGUGUCAUUAAAGCUGGCAAUCAUCUAGGUACAAGCACACUGACAGAAGCCAAGCAGUUCACAACAAGGGAUAAGUACAUCUCAUCUGGAAGUAUAGGUGGCGAUGGCUCCCAUGUUGGAAUUGCUGUUGGAGUGGUGCUUGCCUUAAUCAUUGCAGCUGGAAUUGUUGCUGGAGCUGUCUGGUUUAUACGAACUAGAAGAAUGCUUGGAAAUAAAUCAACUGGAGGAGUUGCCUUUGAAAAUCCAAGCUAUCUUCGUGAAGUAAACAUGGAUCACAUACAGAUCCCACAGCCCCAAGCAGAUACAUCCAUGGCCAAUGGAAACAGCAUUUCCAAUGGUAUUAAUCCUGCCAGUGGAGCGGGUUGGAAACAGGAGACGCUGCAUGUACCUGCACAACAGACAGAAGUGGCGCCGUCUCUGUAUGAGGAACUAAAGCUCGGCCAGGAUGGGGCAGGGUUCAAGAGGCUCAAAUAGUAUCAACAGUUCCGCCAUGAAUCAAAGUUCUAGAACCCAGUAGAACAUGUGAAUUGUGCUGUGUACAGUUUACAGAUAAUAUUGACAUCGCCAGAGGAAAUUGUGGUUGCUUGACACAUAUAUUUUAUUGAAAGUGUUACAAAUUGAACAAAGGAUGUGAAAGGUAUCUUCACAAGGAGGGACAUCUCUCCUGACUGAUGGCAAUAUACAUAUUUUGAACACUGUUGUGAGUGAGCUUAGAAAUUUCUAAGGAUUCUAUCAAAGGAUUGAAGACAGGACUGAAGCUUAAGUGGAAAAGUUAGACCAUAGUGAAAUAUACAUUAUUACACAAUGUAAUAGUGACAUAAUCUGUGCCUGUUUUUUAUUAACCUGUGCAGCUGUCCAGAGUUUUAGAUGAGGGAUACAUUCCAAAGAAAUAUGAAGAUGUGUACUUAUGUAUUUUGUCAGACAUUAAAAGUCAACUGUUCAAUCAGAUGGAUUGAGUUAGUCAAGAUCUGACAAAGUAGUUACAGACAACAUUCUAUCUCAGGAUCUUCGGUGUUGCUAAACACUGAUGAAAUUUAUUUCAAGUGUUCUCUUUAAUAUGGUAGUUCUCAACUUGAAAGAUCAGGUAGAUAAUAUGAGCAAGCGAAAGCUAAGGGUAGUUUUUUCCAAACUUCUUGAGCAGACAAAAUAAUUUAUCAAACUGAUAUUACUACACUAGUCAGUCAAGUUGCUCUAAUGGCAUGAUCUUAAGAGGAUCAUUAUACCAUCAACAUGUUCAUGCUACUCAAUAGGUGUGAUAGAUAUAUAUAUAAAUAUGUAUAUUUAAAAAAUCUAAAUUUUCACCUGCUGUCCCAGUAUGACUGAGCAAGAGCAAAGACAAGGGACACAUUCAGAUAAUUAAUCUGCACUUUCAGCUGCAAUAAGUGACUUCAGAAUUGUGAUGACGAAUCAAGUGGCCUAGAACAUGUGACAAAGAGUAGCACAUGCAUUUAUUUCAGUUAUGUGAAAAAUGUGGCAACAAACAACUUAAUAUGGUUAGAAAUUCAUUAUCAGAUUUAAUAAAUAUUAAUUAUGUUUAUAAGUAAAAAGAAAAUUUCACUAUAAUAACAGACAUGAUGGUGUAUUAAUGUACAUUUUAAGUGAAUUCUGAAUGAGUCAUCAGGAGAAUAAGCACAUAUAAAUAAAUCUGGAAAGCAUUUUUGUAUUACAUAGAACCUGAUGUGUAUCCAAAACACAUUGAGACAACUAUCUCUCAAUAAUUCUGUAUGCUGACUUUUCUGGAGUGUAUUGAGUUGCUGUAUUCAUAAUUUUUACACAUUUACAAACUACCAGAAUUCUCAAGAGUUUAGAAUAUUGACUAUUGUCAUUGGACAUGAUAUUAGAAUCCAUUUCAUAUUUUAUAAUUAAAUUAUGUAAGAUUGUCAUGCUUAAAUUGAAAGAUUUCUUUCUCAUAAAGUCAGUUGAAAAGUAACUAUGAAUAAGAACUCAUGGCACAACAAUUCCAUAAAUGAACACUAUUUUUUCCUCAAAAAAUCAUGUAAGUCUUUCAUUUAUACAGGAUUCCUGCAGGAAUAAAAUGACAGAUUUCAUUGAGAAGAAAAACAGCAUAUCUCUGUGCCUUUCAGAUAAUGUGGAUAUCAAAUGUUAAUUAUUUGAGAUACAUAUAGUUUGACACACAUAAUAAGAAUACUGUGAAAAGUAAGAUUACAUUUGUUAGUUAUAUUAUUUGUAUUUGUUACUUAUUUGUCCUACACAAAAAAAUAACUGCAUUCUGGGUGCACAGUGAAUAUAAUGACGAACUCCAGAAAUGAGGCAGAAUGUCACUUUUUGUUGAAGUCUAGCCAUUUCUCCAUUAAUGAUUUCAUACAUAUUGUACCACUUAUGAUCUGUUAAUAAGUACACACAGAGAUUUGGGAAGCACAUGAGGCUUUUAGCAAGUACUAUGUGUGCGCAAUUUAUUUCUACUUAUAUCUGUGCUCAGAGAAAUUUAAGUAAAUAUCUUAAAAAAUGAUAAACCUUUAACACACUGCAGCUACAGCUGCUAGCAACACAUUUGGGGAUUUCAUGGAUAACUGCUCACGACAGUGAUGAAAUUUACACUAAAAGUCAUAGUUGCAAAAAAGUGACAUUUUACCAGUCUGCAUGUAAAGAAUUAAAAUCCAUGUAAAAAUACUGAAAAGACUUCAAAAUCUAUUAUAUAUUUUCAGCUCAAAAGAUUUAUUACUGUGGUCAUGGAGUAUGUCCACACUGACAUAUCGUUUUCAUGCAGCAUGUGUGCCUUUCAGAACAUUACUAUAGGAAGAAGUCAAGAACUUUACCAUUUUUAUGUUGAUUGAUUUCCCCAUGAUAGGUAUAAUGCUUUAACAGAGACCACAACUGUAAAUGAAGUAAGAUUACUUCUAUUAGAAAGGAGAGUUGGGAAAUCUAUAUUGCAAUGUACAAUUGUGGCUGUUUUUUGUUGUUGAAAAGAUAUCUUUUGUACAAUGUAGACUGUGAAUCAUGUAUAGAAUUAUUGUAAAAACAGAAUUUAAUAAAAAAUAGUAAUUUUCCCAUAGAUAAAUCAUUUUAUAUUCUCAUAGUCUACAUGUUACAAAAUUAUUAACAUUUGCAGAACCAAUAUUUUAACCAAGCACUACAUUUGAUAAUACCUGUCAUUAUUUCAUGAUAAUCUGUCUCUCUUAAAAUUAUUCAGAAUCAGAACAACUGUAAGGUAUUUAGUUUAGAUCCCACUGGAGGAGGAUCAAGGCUACAAAUCAACAAAAAAUUCACUGAAGAGUGUGCUUGUUUGUAGGCCUUUAAAGUAUGUCUUCUAUCUGGAUUAGUAAAAGGAUAUAGAAAAGAAAAAAUAUUUGAGGUGAUAAAGAGGUGCAAAGGAAAGAAGUGGUUCAGGAUCCUUGGUUCACAAGGACAUUAAACGUAUGAGAUGAGGUGUUAAA